UUGUCUGUUAUUUCAUUUACUUGUCAUCUGAAUCAGACGUGUUUUUUCGUUAGGCUUAUGUGCGUUGGUUUUUCUGAUUCUAGUUUCCAAAUAUCUGCAUCAGUUUAGGCUUCAGAAAAUUGUUCGUAAUUCUAUAAUAUCUGAAUGCAUGUUUGAAAAAGGCGUUUUGAGGCAUAAUGCCUUUUUUCCCAGUGGUACUUACGCCUCUUUGGUCUGUACCUAUGUCUUUUGGGAUUAAAAAUCUCUAGUUUAUGCCGAGGCAUGCUUUAAUAUGUUUUUUCUCUUUGAAGAUCUACACAUGCCAUUUAAAUACAAAUGUAGAAGAUUAAACAGAGCGGCUGUAUCACACCCCAAAAACAAAAUCUGUUUUAAUUUUUUGGCAGUACAUUGGUACGUGUAAAGGACAAAUUGAUAACUUGUUAGUUUCAUUUUUUUCUUCUAGAUUAGUGGUUCUUGAACUCAAUGUAUAGUAGUGCCUACCUCUUACCUUACAGUAGCACACCCAGAUGGUUUGAUUUUAUUAAAGUAAUAUGCUCUCUAUUUGUCCACCAUUUGUAGUACUCUAACGCAAGAGGACGGUGUAUAGAGAUGUCAUGUGCACCAUGGAAAUUGAAUGUGAUGUGCAUGGAAAAAUAGGAGGUUAAACAGAAACAAAUCUUUUCUAGUGUUAUGAAGAUACUAAUUUAUUAGUUGAUGCAUGAUUUGUUUAUGUAUCUUGGUGGGAGUAGAAUGAUUUCCUUACAAGAGAGGGACUUCAUGUGAAACUCAAAGUUUGUCUGUUAAAGAUGUGGUUGUUUAGUUACUUAGAUUUUUUUAACUUACGGAGUCAGCAUCAUGGAUUUUCUUAUUUCUAGACAAGUUUCGCGUUCUCCUCGUAGCAAGCAUUCUCAUCGCAGGCAUUCUCCCCACUCUUCUCUCGAGGGCUCAAGGAAAAGAAGGUCGAGGUCCAAUUCACCUGUUCACCAUAGGCGAAAAUGAUGUUUACUGCUGUGGUGAAGGAGAGAUGACCAACUUUAAUGAAGUGCCAAAACUUAUUCACCGUCUGCUGGAAUUCGGUGUUUGUUUGGCGCAACGGCUAUUUUUGAUGGAAAUUGAAGUAGACACAGGCAGGAAAUACCUCCAUUAUGCUAUUUCUCUUGCUUUUAAGUUUUGUGGCACCAGUACGGAAGAUCAAAAUCAAUGAGAAAAGAAAAAGAAUGGGUUCUAUGAACAGUUUUGGGAAGAAUAGCGAUGUUAGCUUCUUGUUGCGACAAUGAUAUAAACGCUGUUGUUGGUUCCUUAUAAAAAAUAAAUAAAGUGCUGUAGUACUAUCGUCAAAAUUCAAAAACCCUUUGGAUGGUUUAAAGUUUAAACUGUUGUCCAAUGCCGAAUCGGUCAGAUCGAGAAAUACUCCAGUUGGAAUUUUAGAAGCUCCGCUCAUGCAUAAACAAAUGUAGUAUCGUAGCUGGCAAUACGGUAUCCAUAUAAAUAGUGCUCAAUGGGGGAUUCCUUUCUCCCCACUGAAUUUCUUUCUUGCGUCUGAAAGGGAAACGUUGACAAAUGAGAAGUGGUUGUUUGAAUAUUCCAACAUUUCCACUAGUUUAUAAAUCAUUUACCUUUAUUUUAUUUGAAAACGCAUUAAUUCAAAUCUGAGUUAAGGUUGAAGAGGGGGAGAUCUCAAUGCAAUGCGUAAGAGAAAGAAGAAAAAGGAAAAGCUAAAGGGCAUGACGCCUAACCCUCACAUGUUCCUUCCGUCCACUUCCCUCCCACCACUUUAACAUGAUCAUCAUCAUCAUGAUCAGUGUGAUUGGAACCAUGGGUACACUUACACUCUAACUCUUUCCUGUGAGCUUGUACUUGAGUUGUAACAAAUGAAAGGUUCAUCUUUCUUCGCUUCUUUGGGUUACACCAAGGCAUUUCAAGUAGGUUUGUGGUCAGUAUGGUUAUGUGGGUUUGUUUUGAUUGCUCUUUCGCUCUAUGCAUCUCAACGUUUGCCAUCUUCUCUCAAAGAACAGAUUAGAAAACCAAAGAUUGUUGUUACCUCAGCAGCAAAGGAUUUUAGCACAGACCCAACUAAGCCUACGAUAACUAUUUUUUCUGCACCUAGUUCUUUUAGUAGUGUGGUUGGUGCAAGACAGAUUUUAGCUAUUCAAUCAUGGCUUUCUUUAUCUCCGGACCUUACUGUUGUUCUUUUUGGUCAAGACCCAAAUCUUGUUUCUCUAGCUGGUGCUCUUGGUUCGCGGGUUUCUGUGGAAUCCAACAUCGAUUUCACGUUCCUGGGUACCCCAUUCUUCCAUUCUAUGGUUGCGAGGGCACAGGCAUCAACUUCAGACAUUUCGGUUCUGAUAGAUCCGGAUACCAUUCUCCUUCCUGAUUUCAUUUCUACCUUGAAUUUUGUUCAUAAACUCGAUCAUGAUUGGCUACUUGUUGCAACAUCACCAAAUGUCACCCAGUUUCCGUUUUACUUGGACGAAGCUGGGACACACUGGUUACAAGAAGAUGGUGAACGGAUAAAGCUCCAGAAGAUGCAGGAAGCCCUGGCAGAGAAGCGACAAUGGAGUUGUUGUGAAGGGAAAAUACUUCUGGCGUGGAACACAGGAGAAUUGCCUCUGCAUGCUGGAGUCCUUCCUCCUUUCUUAUAUGGGAAGGGGAUUCACAGUCAUUGGAUCAUUAAUGAGGCAUUAUCAUCAGACUUUAGAUUCGUAUUUGAUGCCAGUGAGGCCAUUUCAAGUUUUUACAUCGGCGAUAUUAGUCAUUCACAUAAUAGACUUCCUAAAGCUUCUACCUACGAUGAUGUUAAAGAGAAGAGUUGGGAGUAUGCUGGCAAUUCCUUUCUGGGGUCCCAUUACGGAUCUAUGUACUUCCGUGGAGCUAAUUUUUCGAAUAAGCUUGUAAAACUUAUUAAGUGUGACGGGCAUUAUCUUUUCUUUGACACAGAAGAAAACGUUGCUUUUCCAUACAGGGAUCAGAGUUCCUUGAAUUCAUGGAAGGGAAGAAUCAUGCAGUCCAGAAGGGAGAAAAAGCGUAUGGACUGUGUUGAAGUUAGCAGAUCACUGGACAGAAACAUGGACUGUUCUUUUGAAGAGCAAUUUAAGUUGUCAAAACCAUUGUUGCCGCCUUUCUCCUUGGAGUCACUCCUCCCAAUUACAGCAGACAAAGAUAAGACAAUUAUUCUUGCAAUUGCUGGAAGCAGUUAUCGAGACAUGCUCCUAAGUUGGGCUUGCCGUUUGAGGCGUCUUCAGAUUACAAAUUUUUUGGUCUGUGCUCUUGAUCGCGAAACCUAUCAGUUCUCCAUAUUGCAGGGCUUGCCUGUUUUUGAAGACCCACAUGCUCCAAGUGAUAUCAGCUUCAACAAAUGUCACUUUGGGACGAAGUGCUUUCAAAAUGUAACCAAGGUGAAGUCCAGAUUGGUAUUGAAGGUGCUCAAGAUGGGAUAUAAUGUACUAUUAAGUGAUGUUGAUGUCUAUUGGUUUGAGAAUCCAUUGCCAUAUCUUCACUCAUAUGGCCCUGCUGUUUUAGUAGCACAGUCGGAUGAAUUCAACUUGACAGUACCCAUUAACAUGCCCAGACGCUUAAACUCUGGUUUCUACUUUGCACGCUCUGAUGCUGAGACAAUUGCUGCCUUAGAGAGAGUAGUCAAUCACGCAUCAACAUCUACACUGUCAGAGCAGCCCAGCUUCUAUGACGUGUUAUGCGGAGAAGGUGGAAAAAAUCGCCUGGGUGAUGACAGAUGCCAUGAACCUGAAACGAAUCUCACAGUUCAUUUCCUGGAUAGAGAUCUCUUCCCAAAUGGAGCUUAUCGAGAGUUGUGGGAGGAACCAAACGUAAAAUCAGCGUGUAAAAAGAGGGGUUGCAUAAUCCUUCAUAACAAUUGGGUCAACGGGAGAAAGAGAAAGCUUGAAAGACAGGUUUUAUCUGGGUUAUGGGAGUACGAUAUUAGCAGAAGAAUGUGUUCGCGGAGCUGGCAUAGUAUCAAAUUGACUAGCUACCACCGACAACCUGGUUAUGCCAUUUUAAUGUUUUCUUAAAAGGUCAACUCUAUGUUCCAUUUGGCAUUUGGAGAGAAAACCAAGAGAAAG